GUGCAAGGCAGUGCGCCGGAGGACGUCGGGCCUCGCCCAACCACCCGCUUGUGAGAUGGGCUUUCGCCUCCGAGCGUGUCCAGCCCCAACCCAGCAGGAAAAGCAUCUCCGCUGUUCUGGAAAAGGCCCCCAGCGUCCUCUUCUCCCCGACCUGGCGAUUGCGGUGCAUUCCGAGAGAUCGCUAAUGAAUGAUGUUUGUGACUGCGAAGAAACAUCUGUUGCUUAAUGAUUGAUCUUGCGAACCAGUUACUCAGAUGCCACUACACUAAGAGAAGUCAAGAUCAACCUGUUUAAAUUCACAAGCUUCUCUGAAGUAACCUUCUGAGCAACAAAUGGAAUGUUCAGAAACAUUUCACCCUCAGUGUCACGGGAUGGCAGCCAUGGAUCUGACUUAUGUGUGCGGUCCUCUUUCUCAAGACACUUUCUGUCUUCAUGAGAGGAACAUGGAAGACGCAGGGAUGGUGGCUGGGUUACUGAUGGGUUCUUCUCAGCACUUAGUGACCUUUGAGGAUGUGGCUGUGGACUUUACUCAGGAAGAAUGGACUUUGUUGGAUCAAACACAGAGAGAUCUCUACAGAAAUGUGAUGUUGGAGAACUACAAGAAUCUCAUUACACUAGCAGGGUCCGAAACAUGCAAACCUAUUCUCAUGUCUCCAUUGGAACGAGGGGAGGAGCUGAGAACAGGAGUGAGAAGAGUUCUGCAGGAAUUGAAUUUGCAACUCAAAACCAAAGGCUCCCCACUGCUUCAAGAUAUAUAUGCAGAAAAAUCAUCAAAUGGAAUACAAAUGGAGAGAAGCAAUAUGGCAGAGAAACUCUGUGGCUCUAACUAUUGUGGAAAAGUUGUUAGUGAACAUCCAUCUCUUAUGACUCACAUGAGAACUCACAUUGGAGAGAAAACUUCUAAGGAUAAUCAGAGUGGAAAAGCCUUAAGAAAGAACUUAAUUGGUAAUUUUUACAAGAAAACUAAUUUGGGGGAAAAAACUUCUAAGGUUUUUCAAUAUGGAAAAGCUUUUAGCCAGUUUCCAAAUCAUAAUGGCCAGAACAAAACUCAUACACAAAAGAAAUUGUGUGAAUGCAGAGAUUGUCAGAGAACUUUUCUUAAGCAGUCAUCCCUUAAGGUACAUAUGAGAUCUCACAACAGAGAAAAACACUAUGUAUGUAAGGAAUGUGGGAAAGCCUUCAGUCAUUCUUCACACCUUAUAGGCCACAUAAGAAUUCACAGUGGAGAGAAACCCUAUGUUUGUAAAGAAUGUGGCAAAGCCUUCACUCAGUCCACAGGACUUAAAUUACACAUCAGAAUUCACACUGGAGAAAAACCAUAUAAAUGUAGAGAGUGUGGAAAAGCCUUCACCCAUUCCUCAUACCUUACAGAUCAUAUAAGAAUUCACAGUGGAAAGAAGCCCUAUGUAUGUAUGGAAUGUGGCAAAGCCUUUACUCGAUCCACAGGACUUAUUUUACACAUACGAAUUCACAUUGGAGAAAAACCAUAUGAAUGCAAGGAAUGUGGAAAAGCUUUUAUUCAUUCUUCAUACCUCACAAAACAUGUAAGGGUUCAUAGUGGAGAGAAGCCAUAUAUAUGUAAGGAAUGUGGGAAAACUUUCCCUCGUUCUUCAGGACUUGUUUUACACAUGCGAACACACACUGGAGAAAAACCCUAUGAGUGUAAGGAAUGUGGGAAAGCCUUUAAUCAUUCCUCAAUGCUUAACCAACAUGUAAGGACCCACACUGGAGAGAAGCCAUAUCAAUGCAAGGAAUGUGGGAAAGCCUUCACUCAGUCAUCAGGCCUUAGUACACAUUUAAGAACUCACACUGGAGAAAAGGGCUAUGAAUGUAAGGAAUGUGGGAAAGCAUUUGCUCGGUCCACAAAUCUUAAUAUGCACAUGCGAACUCACACAGGAGAAAAGCCCUAUGAAUGUAAAGAAUGUGGGAAAGCCUUCAGAUAUUCCACGUGCCUUAAUGUUCACAUGCGAACUCACACUGGAGCAAAACCAUAUGAAUGUAAGGAAUGUGGGAAAAACUUCACUCAGUCUUCAGCACUUGCUAAACAUGUAAGAACUAAGGCAUGUGAAAAAACCUGAAAUUGUCCUCAGAUCUUAGUAUUUGUAUCUAAACUCAACUGGAAAAAAACUUAUGAAUGUAAAGAAUGUGUGAGAAACCUUCACUCAGUUUUCAUUUCUUAUAUAACAGGUGUGAAUUUACCAUGGGCAGAAGGCCCAUUCAUACAAGGAAUAGGGGAGAACAGUAAUUCUUUGUACCUUAUAAACCAUAAAAACUAAUGUUUGAGGGAAAAAACUUCUCACUCUAAGACAUGUCAGAAAGCCUUUUUGUUGUUGUUGUUCCAACAUUAUUUUACUAUCUAAAAUUACUGUAAAAGCCAAUUGAAGGUAAGACUGAGAUACAGCCUUAUAAUACUUCACAUGCCUUAACAGGACAUCAUAACCCACAUUUGGGAAAAACCCUCUGUAUGUAAGGAAUGUGCUUAUUUACUUUAUGCUCAGGCCUUAGUAUCCACAUGAGAAUUUACAGUGGUAUAAAACCCUACAAGUGUAAAGGCCACAAGAUCUUCACUUCUUCAUGCCUUUUAAUAACUCAACAUUUAAGAACUCAACAGUGGACAGAUACCCUAUAUAUGUAAGAAAUAUGGGACAUCCUUCAGAAAUUUCUGAUGGUUUCCUGUGUAAAAAGCCUCAUGAAUUUAAGAAAUUUUAAAAAUCCUUCAGGUGUUAAUAAAUCAACAUGCAGUAGAGAGAAACCCUGUGAAGGUAAUAUACACGGGAAAGCUUUAGCUCUGCCUCAUAUGUUAAUAUUUGGUAAUCUCACAGAGGCCCAAAACAUAAAUGUUAAAAAUAUAGGAAUACCUACAUAUAUACACACACACACACACUCACACACACAUAUACACACAUAUAUACAUAAACACACAUAUACACAUACACAUUAAUUCUGUUUUUGUCCUUUAGUAAAAAUGAUAAUUCACCCUAGAGAAAUUGUGAUUCUAGGGAAUGAGGAAAAUGCUGGAUCCAUUUUACAAGUCUUGCUGUACCUGUGAAAACCCACUGCAGAGAGGCUAUAUCAAUGUAAAAAUGUGGGAAUGUUUUUAGUAAAUACACACCCAUUAAGAGACUUGGAAAAUACUCGCUGGAAGGAGAAACUAUGAAGAAUUCUGGGAAGCUAUCAGGUACUAUACUUAAUAUACACAAGAUAAUUCAUACUGGAGGAGAAAUGGAAAUAAAUGACAUGAAAAUGA